CUACUGACUCCGCCAUUACACCCUACCAUGUAAGGGUGAAAGUACAAAGUUAAGGAUUUUUGGACGUUUAAUUUAGAUAUCUUUAGACGUUGGAUUUUAAACUCCCCUGAUUUCCCGUAUUGUACAGAAGAUGGAAGAUCCAAGUUCGAAAGAAGUCCCAAUUUCGGAGAUGACGGGUCAUUCAGGGACCAAAACAGAAAGCGACGAAAACCAAACUUCAGAAUCCUGUGAUACUCACUCUUCUGUGUCAGUAACUCCUGUGGAAAGUGUUUCUGUUUCGUCUUCGGUUCCUGUUGGAUCUUUAAUUAAUGUUUCUGCUGGCGGCACUUACAAUGUUAUAACACCCGAACAAUUACAAAUGGCUAGUUCAGGAAGUUUGAGGCCAAUUUUAUGCAUGGAAAAUAGUUGUAUAUGUGACAAUCAUCCUGACAAAGAAGAGGAUUCAGGCCAUCGCACAGCUCAGUGGUUUCGAAGUGAGGACGUUCUAAAGGCGACGCAUAUUGUGAUUGAAAAUGAUGAUUCUGGCCUUCCAAAUAAUGCAUCAUGGUUGGCUUCAGCAAGUCAGCCAGUUCUUCCAGUUCGAUGCAAGAAUACAAGUGCAGAACUUCAUAAAUCAAGAUUUGGUUCUGGAGGUCGAGGUCGUUGCAUCAAGCUUGGAAAUAAUUGGUAUACCCCGAGCGAAUUUGAAGCUCUUUGUGGAAGAGCAUCUAGUAAAGAUUGGAAGAGGAGCAUUAGGUUUGGUGGUAGAAGCUUACAAUCUCUGAUUGAUGGUGGUAUACUCACUCCUCACGCAACAAGUUGUACAUGUGCUGCCUGCUGUGAUGAUGAACGUGCGGUGGGGCCUGUUCGUCUUUUCACUCCUUAUAAAAGGAAAAGAAGAAAAGAAAAUGCAGACGGAAAUUUAAGAAAAGUUAGAAGAGACCAGAGUAAUGGAGUUAAUGGAGAUGAGAGCUGUGAUUCUAAUGGAUUGGAUAGCUCUCAAGAAAUUGCAGCAACUAACAUAGCUGCGAACGUAAGUCCUAAUAGUAACGAUGAUGACCAGCAUGUGACCGAAGAUGCCAAUUCAGCUUUUCCUGGACCCUUAUCUGAAUUAAUAGCUCGUCUUGACAAGACAUCUAGUACACUGUUGAAAAUGGCAUUCCAGUUACGCAAAGAUGUGGAUGAACUUAAAGAUCAGUGGAAGACGGAGAGGGACCACUUGCAUUUGGAGCAUAAAAGGGACAAAGAGCAAGCUGUCCUUACUGCUCGAGUUGAAGCUCAAGUAGCUUGUUCGAGAGCUGUGUUUGAUUCUGCUGUUCAUGUUGUUGAUCCUAUUACAACAGUUGCAUUGGAACCUUCUGAAGAUAAUAAUGACAAUAAGAAGUGUGCUAAUUGUAACAGAGACGCCUAUGCCGAAUGUUCUCUCUGCCGUAGAACUCCAUACUGUUCUACCUUCUGCCAAAGAAAGGAUUGGACGAGUCAUCAAGUGGAAUGUGUAAGAAGUGCAACUAAUGAACAAGGUUCAAUUAUGUUGAUUGUUGAAAGUGCCUCUGAACCUGUCCUAGGGGUCCAAGAAUAAUUUCAGCUAUACAUGGUUCUAACAGUAACUGUGCAGCCCAUGCUGAAUGCUUAACUCGUUCGGGUUCUCACCAUCUACCAAAGGAAAGAUUGACCCAGCCAUAAAGUGUAAUGUUUACGAAGUGCAACUAACAAACAGGAUUCAGUUAUGUUGAUUGUUGAAAGUGCUUCUGAUCUUGUCAAAUGGGUUCAAGAAUGAUCUCAAUGAUGCAUGUAUGAUUUUUAUAAUUCAAAGAUAUUCUGUUUUUCAUUUAC